CCUCUUCGGGCUGGGCUUACUGGCGUUUUCGCCUUUCCAUUGGUCAAACCUGGAAUACCGGAUGUGGUAGAGGCCAAUCGUGACGAGUCUUGGUAGAGCCGUCGCCCUGGCAACACGCGGAGCCGCCUGGGAGAGGUCUUGGGAGGCAUCUGAUCCAAAGCCCUGGCUCCCCAGCUUCCAAGUGCCAGAUGAUGGAGGAGCGUGCCAACCUGAUGCACAUGAUGAAACUCAGCAUCAAGGUCUUGCUCCAGUCUGCCCUGAGCCUAGGCCGCAGCCUGGAUGCGGACCAUGCUCCCUUGCAGCAGUUUUUUGUAGUGAUGGAGCACUGCCUCAAACAUGGGCUUAAAGUUAAGAAGAGUUUUAUUGGCCAAAAUAAAUCUUUCUUUGGUCCUUUGGAGCUGGUGGAGAAACUUUGCCCAGAAGCAUCAGAUAUAGCCACUAGUGUCAGAAAUCUGCCAGAACUAAAGACAGCUGUGGGAAGAGGCAGAGCGUGGCUUUAUCUUGCUCUCAUGCAAAAGAAACUCGCAGAUUAUCUGAAAGUGCUUAUAGAUAAUAAACAUCUCUUAAGUGAGUUUUAUGAGCCUGAGGCGUUAAUGAUGGAGGAAGAAGGGAUGGUGAUUGUUGGUCUGCUGGUGGGACUCAAUGUUCUUGAUGCCAAUCUGUGCUUAAAAGGUGAAGACUUAGAUUCUCAGGUUGGAGUGAUUGAUUUUUCUCUCUACCUUAAGGAUAUUCAGGAUCUUGAUGGUGGCAAAGAGCACGAAAGAAUUACUGAUGUUCUUGAUCAAAAAAAUUAUGUGGAAGAACUUAAUCGGCACUUAAGCUGCACAGUUGGGGAUCUUCAAACCAAGAUAGAUGGCUUGGAAAAGACUAAUUCAAAGCUUCAAGAAGAGCUUUCUGCUGCAACAGACCGGAUUUGUUCACUUCAAGAAGAACAGCAACAAUUAAGAGAACAAAAUGAAUUAAUACGUGAAAGAAGUGAAAAGAGCGUCGAGAUAACAAAACAGGAUACAAAAGUUGAGCUGGAGACUUACAAGCAAACCCGUCAGGGCCUAGAUGAAAUGUAUAGUGAUGUGUGGAAGCAGCUAAAAGAGGAGAAGAAAAUUCAUUUGGAACUAGAAAAAGAACUGGAGCUACAAAUCGGGUUGAAAACUGAAAUGGAAAUUGCAAUGAAGUUACUGGAAAAGGACACCCAUGAGAAGCAGGACACACUAGUUGCCCUCCGCCAGCAGCUGGAAGAAGUCAAAGCGAUUAAUUUACAGAUGUUUCACAAAGUUCAGACUGCAGAGAGCAACUUACAGCAGAAGAAUGACACUAUCACGUCUUUUGAAGAAAAAACCAGUCAAGCUAUGUCCAGUAUGAAACAAAUGGAGGAAAGGUUGCAGCACUCCGAGAGGGCAAGGCAGGGGGCAGAGGAGAGGAGCCGCCGGCUACAGCAGGAGCUGGGUGGGAAGAUCGACGCGCUGCAGAGGCAGCUCUCCCAGCUGCACGAGAAGUGCUCAAGUCUAGAGAAAGAGUUGAAAUCAGAAAAAGAACAGAGACAAACUCUUCAGCGAGAAUUACAACAUGAAAAGGACACCUCCUCCCUGCUCCAGACAGAGCUGCAACAAGUAGAAGGUUUAAAAAAGGAGCUACGGGAGCUGCAGGAUGAGAAGGCAGAGUUACAGAAGGUGUGUGAUGAGCAGGAACAAGCCCUCCAGGAAAUGGGACUGCACCUCAGCCAGUCAAAACUGAAGAUGGAAGACAUAAAAGAAGUAAACAAAGCACUGAAGGGACAUACUUGGCUGAAAGAUGAUGAAGCAACGCACUGUAAACAGUGUGAAAAGGAAUUCUCCAUCUCCCGGAGAAAGCACCACUGCCGCAACUGCGGCCACAUCUUCUGCAACACCUGCUCCAGCAAUGAGCUGGCCCUCCCUUCCUACCCCAAGCCGGUGCGUGUGUGUGACAGCUGCCACACCCUGCUGCUGCAGCGCUGCUCCUCCACGGGCUCCUAGGUGGGCAUCCACAGGACCUUAUGCCACCGCGUGCUGUUCUGUCUCGGGGGCUGGGGGUGGUAGCCCUGGGCCAGUGCCAAACUGUGGGUCUCAGGGGGGUAGGGGCUUGUAAAACCUGGCCAGGGCUGCAGCCACUUCAAGGGCAUUAGGAUUGGAAGCUGCGUGUCCUUUCUAAAUUGUAUAGAAUUCCUUUGAAUUCAACCUUUCUUCGUUCCGUCACUGGCUUUGGUUAGGAUAUAACUUCAUGAUUUUGCUACUGUCCUCAUUUUUCACUUUUCAGAUUAACAUUUUGUAGCAGUUGUACUAGUGCAGUAAUGGGUUCCUUUCUCUCCUCAGUCAAGAAAUCUGCCAUUUCACCCUUGUGAAUCCAUCAUUGUUGCCAUGCAAUAAAAUCAUUUAUUUUUCAUCCGAGUGCCAGAAAAAAGUAAAGGAGCCUGUGUCCACUUCACAGGAGCUGUCUCUGGAGGACUCAGCAACCCCAUCAGUAAGGGCCCUGUGUUGAGGCCUGCUGGGUUGCACGGCACAGGUUAUGCAAGCUGCCCGUCAAAUUCAUGAAAGGGCACAGUGGAAAUGACCUGAAACCGAUCACUAAAGCUCAAAAGCUGUUUCCUUACAAUACGGAUAAGGAACUUCAAACCCAGUGCUAUUUCGUGUGUUGCUAUAGCAACUGAACUGCUUCAGCGUAGUCCUCCAGAGCCCCACCUGAGUACACUGUACCCCGUACUCCUGGACUGGAGUCAAUAUCUGAAAUGUUCAGGGUCAAGAACCUUAAGCAUAAUGUCCAGAUGAAUACCAAGAUCUGCUGGGUCUCAGCCUCCUCCACCCUCAGCUGGACUCUCACCUUGUCACGCUCCACCUCCCACCAGUCAUCUAGCCUAGUCUUAGCAUCCUACUCCCACCUUGAGAUCCUGGCGCACUUCCUUCUUGGGCUUCCCCAGCAGUAAGUCUUCCCCCACAGCGUGGGUCAAGACUACACACCUGUUUCUCCUUGAAAUCUAGUUUGUGGGUGGGAAACAGAUUUGGCAAGAUUCGAUAACACAAAUCUAUGCAACCAGGUUUCUAAGCUGACCAGCUUCUCUGCCAUAUUCCUCCACAGGACUCCUUUCCCUGCCCUCACUUACCCUGAGCAGAUUUUAUUGUUAUCCAGGACCCAGCUUUCUCCCCAGUCUACAUACCACUGCACUACCCCCCAAACUAGUCUUAGACAGCUGUACCUUUUCAGUGCACCCAAUUUGGACUCCAACUUGCUGGGGAGUCUUGGGCAAGUCACUUCACAGCCUCAGCUCUCAUCUGCACAUACAAAAAAAGGCAGUGGGAUAAUACCUCCCUAUUUCAAGACGCUUCCGACAGCAAGUGUUUCCACCAGGGUGCCACUUCUUCCCUGCUCUUUCCUCUAACAUACCCACUUUUCUCCUUGAACUGCACCUCCCCACCCCCAGGCAGUUAAGUUUUCAGUGAGCAUUCGUAAUGGGUGCUCGUGCAAGUAACCAAUCCUAAACACGAAGAGAUGACUUUUCUACUUACACCUUCACAUGCCCCUGGAACCUUAGUACCCUCAGGCUCUCGCCUGGUAAUCCGCCCUGACCUGGGCAAUGAGGAACAAGUUCUAAGGCAAAAGCUUUCUGAAGAUUAAAUGCACAGGGUUUACCGGGGGCAAGAUUUGGGUAUAUGGGGUCACGUUAAAUGAAGACCUAAACUCCCAAAUGCCAGUCCAUGGAGCCAAAAGCUUCCAAAGAACCAGAAUGUGGAAUAUCUAAUGACAAAACCAAUAGGUUCUGGAUUAGUUUACUCCCAAAUUUCUAGUUCUAGCCCCUCCUUUUCCCCAAACAGGCCACAUUUUCAAGAAAGAUGUUCCUUAUUCAAGGGGAAAAACAGCUUAAGGACUUCAGAAGAAGCCUCCAUGAGUCUUACCACCAGCAUGCAACCCUGCCUCCUCUCCCUGCCAAUUCUCUCUAAACUUGCAACACUUCUAUACCCCCAUCCUAUUGCAGGCCUUUCCUUCCAAGCAGUCAAACUGCUAGACUAGCCUGCCUGCACCCAGUCCUUGACUAGACAGGGGAGACCUACAGGGCCCUUCAAGCUGUUUACAUCAUACUUAGAACAUGAUUAUGAUUCUAAGGAAUUUGCCUCAGUCCUAAACCUAGGCCUCAUGCAGGAACAAGAAAUCGCACUGUCCAAGUAGUAAACACCUACACACACCUGGUUUCAAACAGCACACAAACCAUCCACUCCGCGGGCUUCUAAUCUCAAGCUAACUUGAGACCAGAGAGAUAAAGUGGCAGUUCCCAAACCGAAGUACCUACACAGAAAGGGUUUCUGGAAUUACAUCUUUUAAAAACUGUUCAAAGAUUAACUCAGCACAUACAUACUAAAAUUGGAACGAUACAAAGAUUAGCAUGGCCUCUGCAUGAUGACACAAAUCCGUGGUGUUCCAUAUUGACAGAUUUCAUGACAUGUCACUUCAGUUCCAGUCUACCAAUCAUCUUUGCUCUCAGGAACUAUAUAGGGAAUUUCUUCAAAAGUAGGACUUGGUCUUCCGGCAGGGAGGCAGGAAAAAGAAAAAAAAAAAAAAAAAACCCAAAAACCUCCAAGUCCUCUAAGCAAGCUCCCAAAAGACACAUUAUUAAGCAAAAUUCAAAAGAUGCCCCGCAUACUAGGAAGGGCAGCUUCUAAGCAGUCCUGACCGCCCUCUGGGACUCGUAGCCAUGCCCAAGGGACAUGCAGACAUGCAUUUUAGGGCACGUGCACCUCUCCCUCUGGUGCAAGUUUAACAAGUCAAAGGCCGGUCAAAUAGGUCCUCUGCAGCCAGGCCCAGCAUUAACAGGCCUUCCAAAAGGGCCCCACAACAGUUUACCUUCAGUUGCACUGUAGGGAAGAGAAGUCUGAAGACAUCUACACAAGAGCCUCAACUGCCGAGCCUCUCUGCCACAGCCAGAGACGUGGGCCAUGGGCCAACUGUCACCUACGCCCCAGGCAGGAACAGAGCACCAAGAAACAGUCCACAUGACACUGAAGCACAGACAAGACAAAGUGCAGUUUUUAAAAGGAAGAUUUAUUUGACAAGUUUCACUUAGCGCAAUACACCUAAAAAUGAAAUCACGAUACAAGAUUUAAAUCAAGGCCUCAGAAUUUCAUACAAACACCAAGACCAAAAUCCUAAAGUAUUGGUAUUGCGUCUCAAAAUUUCCCCCAUUAACUUAAAAAAAAAAAGCUUAAACUUACGUGCCUUAAGAGGUUAUUAAAUGAAACUAGAAUUAACAAACAUGCCAAAUGUUUCACUUUUAAUUGUAGACACAGCUCCUAUAGUGA